CCACACCCCAUCGGAACCUCCAGCCUCGGGGCCGGCGCCGCUCGGGUCCCGCCGCCCAGGGCGCAGCGUCCAGCGCAGAUAUGGACUUUGAGGACGUGGCCAUUGUCUUCUCUGAGGAGGAGUGGGGGCUCCUUGAUGAGCCUCAGAGACUUCUGUACUGCGAUGUGAUGCUGGAAGUGUUUGCACUUGUCUCAUCUGCAGAUGUGCUGUGGCUGCCGGUGCUGAGCUGUGUGGAGAGCCCUGACCAAUGGACUCCACGAACAUCCCUGACACCCAUUGCCUCAAAAUGUGCAGAAAGUGUUGCUGGCAUAAAACAGAUGAUGAGGAGGCCUGUUCUGAGCAGAGUGAAUGUGUACAAGGAGAGUCACAGGAAGUGCACCUGA